AUGGCGAACGACGCGACCAUGACCUCUAUACCGGAAGAAGCGGAGCCGGCGAGCGGCGUGCGUAUCCGGUCGCUGCCGCUGCUGCGCUCCGUCGUCGGUCGUCUGCUCGGCGGCCACUAUUCCGACGCGACGCUGGGGGACGACGGCACGGCGUCGUCAUCGUCGGCGACGCACCAGCACCGCGUCAACUUCAAGCCAUACAUCAUCGCCGCGCGCUUCUGCGGUAACUACGCGUCAGCAUGCACAUGUUUUGUCCUUCAGGCGCAGAGACCGUGGAUCGAGAAGCAUUUCACAAAGCGAGAAUGCAUCCAUUAUCUGCCGAGCGGAAAAGACAUGGAGAGGUGUGGAUGCGGAAGGACGUGUGCGAAGCAUGCCUACCUUGGCUAUUCGCCCGAACCAGGGCUGGUUGGUCGCCACACCGGGCAGUCGAAUGAUUUGGCGUCACCAAGCACGGCGUAUUAUCGCAGCCAGUGGCCAUGUCCGCGCAAGAGGUUUUUGUUUAAUGGCAGAGACGAACACUGGAACUUCAGCAAGCACAGCGCACAAAUGAAGACUGAUGCUUUCGGAAUGGUCGAGUUCCAGGGAGGCCCACAGACCGACAAAGCACAGUACAUUCGGCUGUCAGUGGACACGCGAUCAGAGCUGAUAGUGCAGCUGCUCACUCAGCAGUGGGGCCUGGAGCUUCCCAAGCUCGUCAUCUCCAUCCACGGCGGCAUUCCCAACUUCGAGCUGCAGCCAAAGCUGAAGCGCAUGUUCCGCAAAGGCCUGCUGAAGGCGGCCAAAACCACAGGCUCCUGGAUCAUCACUGGGGGAACAAAUACGGGUGUCAACAGGCAAGUGGGUCAGGCCCUUGGGGACCACCUGUCUGUUUCAAAAAUGAAGAAGAAGAUAGUAUCCAUAGGUAUUGCGCCCUGGGGGAUGAUAGAACAUCGUGAAGACCUUAUAGGCAGAGACGUCGUGAGGCCCUACUACAGUAUCCAGUCUCCUAAGAGCCGAUACGCACUGCUGAAUAGCAAGCACUCACAUUUCUUGCUGGCAGACAGUGGCACCGGUGGCAAGUUUGGAGCCGAGAUCAUACUGCGCAAGAAACUGGAGAAGUACAUCUCACAGCAAAAGAUCCAAACACGGGCCGGCGGAGAAAGCUGCGGUGUGCCGGUGGUGUGCGUCGUGCUUGAGGGUGGACCCAACACGAUUCGCACCGCACUGGAGUAUGUGACGGACACUCCGCCUGUACCGGUCGUCGUCUGCGACGGCAGCGGUCGCGCCGCCGACAUCAUUGCGUUCGCGCACAAGUUCUCUGCAGACGACGGGGGGAUGAUAUCUAAUCUCAGUGAGCAGCUGGUUAUCACCAUAGAGAAGACAUUUCACUACAGCAAGGAGCAGGCGGAACGACUUUACUCAGAACUGAUGCAAUGUAUGCGGAAGAAAGAGCUGAUCACGAUCUUCCGCAUGGGCGAGGGCAACAUGCAGGACAUCGAUCAGGCGAUCCUCACCGCCCUGCUGAAGAUCAUGAAGACAUCGGCUGUCGACCAGCUCAACCUCGCGCUCACCUGGAAUCGCGUCGACAUCGCGCGUAGCGAGAUAUUCGUCUAUGGGCAGGAGUGGCCGGAGGGCGCUCUAGAGCAAGCGAUGAUGGAGGCACUGGCGAGCGACCGAGUUGACUUUGUUAACCUGCUGCUGGAGAAUGGCGUCAAUAUGCAGAAGUUCCUCACCAUUCCCAGACUAGAGGAACUGUAUAACGUUAAAUGUGGUCCUGCCAAUACUCUAUAUUAUCUAGUCAGUGACUUCAAAAAGCACAUGCCGUUCCACUACACGUACACUCUCAUCGACAUUGGACUGGUCAUCGAGGCACUGAUGAGUGGAGCCUACCGGUCCACGUACACGCGCCGCAAGUUCCGCAGCAUCUACAACAUUGUGAUGAAACGCUGUGAUCGUCUGAAGACUCCAAACAGAGCUAACAUCGCCAAUCACUUGACGAACGUGUACUCCAGUGCCUUCCUUCCCGGCAUCAGUGUUACGUCUGCCCCCGAGGCGCACGUCUUUCUCAACCCGUUCCACGAGCUCUUCAUCUGGGCGGUGCUCACGAAGCGGCAAAAAAUGGCGCUGUUCCUAUGGAGACAGGGCGAGGAGGCGAUGGCAAAGGCUCUGGUUGCAUGCAAGCUGUACAAGGCACUAGCGCACGAGGCAGCGCAGGACGACCUAGAAGUCGAUGUUUGUGAGGAGCUGCGAGAAUAUGCAAGGGAGUUCAGUCGGCUGGCGCUGGAUCUGCUGGAUCAGUGCUACAAGCAGGACGACGACUUCACACAGCAGCUGCUCACCUACGAGCUGCUCAACUGGAGCAAUCAGACGUGCCUGAGUCUCGCGUACACCGCCAACCACCGCGAGUUUGUCGCGCACACCUGCUGCCAGCUGCUGCUCACUGAGAUGUGGAUGGGAGGGCUGCGCAUGCGCAAGAGCACCACGCUGAAGGUCGUGCUGGGACUGCUCAUGCCUCCCACAAUCCUCAUGCUCGAGUUCAAGACAAGAGAGGAGCUGCAGCUGAUGCCACAGACAGAGGAGGAGCACCUGGAGCUGGAGGAGGACUCUACUUCCUCUGAGGCGAGCAGCCAAAACCCAGAGGACCUGAUGGAUGAAGAGGGAGUCAUCUCAGAGAAGACUGUACUGAGCAGCGUGGCGACGCCCGAGACGUCGGCGCACGACGAGUGCAGGUUCAGCGAGACGCUGACGGAGAAGAAGCCAACGCCGCUGCGGCUCGGCAAGAAGGUGCACGAGUUCUACACGUCGCCCAUCACCAAGUUCUGGAUGUACACGUUUGCAUAUCUCAUUUUCAUGGUUAUGUUUAACUACACGGUGCUGGUGCGCAUGGAGCCAGACCCGUCUUGGCUAGAAUACUACGUCAUGGCCUAUGUGUGGACACUCAGUCUGGAAAAGAUUAGAGAGAUAAUCCAAUCAGAGCCAACAAAUUUUGCUCAGAAAAUACGGGUAUGGUUGAUUUCAAAGUGGAAUAUAUUCGACUGUCUAGCUGUGGUAUUAUUUACAAUUGGCGUCGGUUUACGAGUGGAUCCGAGUACACACACUACUGGCCGCGUUAUAUAUUGUCUUAAUGUUGGUUUCUGGUAUAUUCGCAUCCUGGACAUAUUUAAUAUCAACAAGUACUUGGGACCUUACGUGACAAUGAUAGGAAAAAUGGUAGUGGACAUGUGCGUGUUCGUCGUCAUCAUGUGCGUCGUGCUGAUGAGCUUUGGCGUCGUGAGGCAGGCGAUCAGAUAUCCGGACUCGCCGCCGAGCUGGACGCUCGCACGCGACGUCUUCUACCAGCCUUACUGGAUGAUCUACGGGGAGGUGUUUGCUGGCGACAUCAACCCUGAGUGUGGAGAGGAGGGCACACUAGGAGAGGAUGGGCGGCCUCUUCCGUCGUGUGUCCCCGGUCAGUGGAUCGUUCCUGCAGUGAUGGCCACCUACCUCCUAGUGACCAACGUGCUUCUAGUCAACCUACUCAUUGCCCGGUUCAAUUCAACCUUCACAAAGGUGAAUGCUGUUGCACAGCAAGUGUGGAAGUUUCAGCGCUACAGCGUGAUCCUCGAGUAUGAACAACGGCCAGUGCUGGCGCCCCCUCUCAUCAUACUCUGCCACAUGUACCAGCUCGUCAAGUACUGCAACCGACGCUAUAAGGGACAGAAGACAGCAUUCGACUGUAGCCUAAAGCUAUUUCUUGAUGAGGAAGAUGUGGAGAAGGUACACGACUUUGAGGAGGAGUGUUUGGAAGACCUGUUCCGUGAGAGAGCAAUGAGUCAGCUCAACUCACAGGAAGAGCGGAUAGGUCUCAUUAAUGAAAGGGUUGAGAACAUGAGUGCGCGCGUGUUGGACAUGGGCAAUCGCGAGGGAUCGAUCAAGCUGACGAUGCAGACGAUCGAUUAUCGGCUGUCGAAGCUCGAGGAGCUGUCGAUGACGACAAACAACUCGCUCGCCUGCAUCCACCGCUUUAUGAACACCUACAUGACGGAGAGGAUCUCCGCAUGCACCUCCCCCGUACUGUUAGAUCACGAUCGCACUGUUGAGGAUGAGGAGAGAUUUCGCUAUGCCGCAGACGUCGUCGCCGCAGCCUCUGACGGUGCUUUCAACGCAAAGCAGACGCUGGAGGAAGAUGGCGCGAGGUGGGCAGCGCAGGAAGAGCCCGCAGAGAAGCCCACGUUGACCGCGACCUGGUCGUCCGGAUCAGAUCUCGCGGCGAGCGGGAAGACUCCGACGCCGCUCCGGCAGUCAAUGCCGUCCGGCGGCGGCGGCCUGCGCCGCUCCGUGUCGGCGCGAUCGCGCAGCGCGAUCGCCGGCGCCCCCUACCUGGACGUGCCGGCGCGCCGCGGUCCCGGCCGGCCGAGCCUACUGCAGCGCCGCCUGGCGAGGCAGCAGCCGGCGGACGGCGAGCAGGAGUCGCCGCCGCAUGCCGACCUGCUCGAGUUGUCCGUGACGAUCCCAACCGCCGCGGCCGCGGCUGCAGCGGGCGGGGCCACCCCGGCGGCGAUGGUGCGCGCGGACAGCUUGGGCGCUCGCGCGCAGACGCCGUUCAACGUGAACGUGACGACGCUGCUCAGCCAGCUGCGGCACGACUACACGAGCAUCACGGACAACAUCGACACGUCGUGCCUUCUCACCAUCGUCGGCAGCCCCGAGAGCCCGCCCGCGAGCCCCUCGCUCGACGCCCCGACCACCGAGACGGUGGGUGGGCCGGCGUCGGCGGGCGGGAACGCCGCUGCCGAGGUGCUGCGGGAUGCUGAGGAGCGCGACUACCGCAUCCUCGAGGGCCUCAUCCAGCGGCGCAUCCACCGCGACUCGGAGAACCUGUCGGCGAGCCUCGACGAUGUGCGCAGUGUGUCAGCGGUCAGCGACAUCACCGAGCUAAACGAGGACGCGGCGGCGGCCGGCAGCGACGACGACGGGGUCGCGUUCGACUUCGGCACGGUCGACCUCGAGUUCGGCCUGCUCCAGUUCCACCAGCAGGGCGGCAACACCGUCAACUCGCGGCCGCCGGCCGGCAUGCUGAUGCACCAGGCCAGUCUUCAGUCAACGACGGACACGGUCGUCGACUCCCGAGACCGCGUCGACAGCGGCGCUAGUAGCGGCGAGCGUCAAAGGUUGCGCACCGACGACCUCCAGAAUGUUGGGGGUGUGAGCGCCGAAGGUCAAAGGUCGUGCGCCGACGACCUCCAGACCAGCGGCGGUGCAGGUCAAAGGUCGUGCAUCGAUGACCACCAGACCAGCGGCAGCGCAGGUCAAAGGUUGGGAGCCGCGGGUGAGCGCAGCGACACGCGCGCGCAGCUGCCGCGGUUGCUGGCCAGCGUGUGGGAGCAGGGUGUGCUGGCAUCGUCGCUCAGCGCACCGAGCGUGAUGAUGCCUGGCCCUGGCGAGGACGACAAGCACGGCGCGGUGCCGCCGAUUGCACGCCAGCGCAGGGACACGGCGCCGCGCGUCAAGUUUGCCCCAGAUCUCGAUUCGGAGGCGCCGUGCGAGGCCAAGGAGACGUCAUGUUAGCGGCGCAACAUGGGCGGGAUUGCACGCUUUAAGCUAUGUCUCCACACACGCAGCACGGCACGGCACAGCAAAACGCAGCGCCGUUGUGCUGAAAAAAAAUGCAUUGUGAUUUAGCGCAUUGUAUCUGAGCGCAUUGUGUUCACUCGGGUUCAGUGAUUAGAAAUCAUGCAUGUGCUUGUUUUCCAUUGGCUGAUGGUGGCGCGAGCAGAACACGUGAUAAAAAAGAAUCGCAUUGAUUGGUUCAACUGUCUUUCUCCGUACAUGGCAUCCGACAAAAGUCAAACUCAUUUGACUUUCGCCGUCGCCGUGAAACCGGGCUGGCGCCGUGCCGUGUCAGUGGA